CCUGUAUAUGCUAAUUAUUAUUGACAAUUACAAAUAGUAAUAGAAUUUUUUUUUGGCAAGACUACAGAUAUUGGAAGACAUAAUGGCACCUGUAUAUACGAAGAUUGUAGAUUUGCAUCCUUCUGUUACGAAUUCAAUGAUAAAAGUGAGAUGUAUUCGUCGCUAUGGCACUAAGGCACAAGGAUUCAUUUGACUAUACCACGUGGACAGAUAGCUGCGUUUGGAAAUAUCAUAAAAGCAGAUGUUGUUGUUCAGAUUAGGCAUUUCUUUGUGCGAAACAACAACUUUGUGAGAAACAAGACUGUUAACAAUCCUUAUAGGAUUGUGAUGUUCCCGAAAAAUGUUAUUGGAGUUUGGGUGGGCAAGGGGUUUAUCAAGGAUCAGAAUAAUGCGAAGCUCAUUGAGCUGGUGCUUGAGGAUGCAGAUGUGUGGGGGGAUAGUUCUUUCAAAAACACACUGUCACUGAAUUUGGAAGCUGUGAAAGAAGAAGUCUCAACUGAAGAAGCACUAGAAAUGAAGGUUAUUGAUGACAUAGUCACAAAUGAGAAAGGCGAGGCAUGUAUAUGUGGUACUAUUGAGUCUGUUGAUUAUUCUUAUACUUGGUGUUAUAUGGCCUGUAUUCGGUGCACAAGGAAAGUUGUGAAAUUAAACAACAAAUUCUUUUGUGGAACUUGCAACAAAUAUGAUGGGAAGGCAAACCAAAGGUUAUCCUAUAUUGUACCAAUUAAAUACUGUUAAAUUGCAUAUUUUAGAUAAAUAUUUGAUUGUAAUAUUUGCAUGUCAUAUUACUGUAGGUAUAUGCUGAUCUUGAUUGUAUUAGACUCUACAAACAAUGUAUCAUUCUUGGUUUGGGAUAAGGAAUGCAUUACUCUGCUUGGGAAGAAGGCAUCGGAGAUAAAUUUAAAAGGCAAUGAGAUUGGCCACUUUGAAAUUAUACCAAGAGAAAUUGAAACUGCUCUUAUUGGGAAGACUAUCCUGUUCAAAGUGCAGUUUAGAGCUGAUAUCAAACACUGAAUGAUAGACCUUACACUGUGCUGAAAAAUAUGCAACAAUCCAGAUGUUGUGCAGAAGUAUGCUUCUAAGAUUGAGGACUCUGAAGGCCCGUCGAGCUGCAAAAUUCUAGGCCCAACCCAGCCCCUCUCGAGCCAUCGGGCAGUCGGGCUAAACCAGCCCAUAUUUUUUUUAAAAUCUUAUUUUUUUUGUUACUUUAUAGAAAUUCAACUAUCUACAUAAAUAUUACUUUAUUAAAAU